UCCGCCCCCGUCGGUCUAUUUCCGGUGUGGAAGACCCCGUGAAAUGCCCCUAAACUCCCGAAGAGGAGUGUUGUGUUUCAUUCAUUCGUAGCUCACAGACCGCGCGGCUUUACACGCUUCGGACAUCGUCCCGACCGAUCCUUUAAAAAGGUAGUUUCGCAGUGAGGCAGAAUGAGUGACUCUGGCAAGGACACCGUGGCUCCUAAAGAGAAAGACGGAGCGGAGAAGAGAGGACGAGGAAGACCACGGAAACACCCGCAGGUUCAGCAGGAGGCAAGUGGCUCUCCUACACCGAAGAGGCCUAGAGGAAGACCAAAGGGCAGCAAGAACAAGCCCAGCUCCACGGCAUCUAGGGGCAAAAAGACGGCAGCGGCUUCGGCACCCGCAGGGACGAAACGCAGAGGACGGCCCAAGAAAGCAGAGAAGGAGGAGCAGCCAUCGAAGUCCUCUGAGGAGGAGGAAGAAGAGGAGGAGGAAGAAGAGGAAGAGGAACAGUAACUAGCAACUUGUGCUACCUCACAAUCCAACGUUGUUUCUUCCUGUUGACCAGAGCUGGACUGACCCUCCCCACCCCCUCAUUCCCCCUCUUUCCUUUACACUAGUGCAACCCUCACCCUCAAAUUCACCUUUACUCUCUAGCGCCCCCUAGUGUCAGGGAGGCUUGCGCACUUCAUGCGCCUUCUCUGUGUAACACCACUGGAAAAUGACUCCAAAUACUGUAUGUCCAUUCAUGGAUGCAUGCACACGUGUAUGUCUCGCACUCAAUGGGUAAUUGGUCGAAAGUGUCUGUCAUUAUACUGGACAAAGAUAUGCUCUGAUGGCGGCUUGACACAAAGCGAUUUGCAAAAUACUGAAGUUUUUUCUUUUCGCAAACAACAGUUUCAGGCCUAGAGAAUUCAAGUUUAUUUUUACAAAUCUAAAUCUAAAAUAUGGUAGGUUGUGUGAAAUUCAUGUCGUUGUGUUCUGGACAAAGGUGAAUUGACCUACUCGUUGUUUUUACUUGGGUUGUGUGUGUGUGGUAACUCGAUGUCUCCAGUUAUACUUUUUAGCUACUCCGUGAUUCAAGCUAGAAAUAAAGAGCUUAUUUUUUGAGUGAGCAUAAUCUAGAGGACUUUUAACUUGUAAUCAACAUAUCGUUGAAUGCUUUUUCGUGAAACAUUUUUGACUGUUUUUCUUUAAUGCCCCCCGUCGACUCGCCACCAUGAUUUCACUGAUUGCCGUGAUAAAUUUACUAGCACACAAAUGCUACGUAGUGCGUUUCUGCCCAUUCUCAGUGCAGGUCAGCUUACUGGUUGUGCUAAAGAGCCGUUUGCUCUUCUGGCUAUGUUCAAUUUUGUUUUUGGAAGA